CCUCAGAAAUUUAUCAGAUACCCGUAUGUGCUACGUAUCCUGUUCUUUCCCCACAGCCGUUUACACGUUGUUAUUAUUAUUACAAUUUUUCUCUUUCUCAAACAAUCUUCAACAUUCAUUCACUCCAACCACCUCUCAUCUCAACCCCUCCCUCACAAUUCUCAUGGCAACUGCGCCACGCGUGACUCACUGCGACCUCCGUUCGCCCAAACCUGCAACCUCUCGUCCACGACUCCAUAAACCCGCUCCGGUUCAGUUUUCUAUCCCGAAACCCAAACCGGCCGAAUCAGAAGCCGCCAACACAAACAACAACAUCGUUCUUCAGCCAAGGUUAUGCACUCUCAGAUCGUACGCUUCCGAUCCAUUCGGCGCCGUAGUCAAAAUUCGUAAUAAUAAAGAAGACAUGCAAGUUAACGAUGACGUGUCAUCCUUUUUCGCCACACUUUCCGAAUAUAUCGAAAGCUCUAAGAAAAGCCACGAUUUCGAAAUCAUCUCCGGUCGUCUCGCCAUGAUGGUGUUCGCUUUGACGGUAACGGUGGAGUUGGUAACGGGAAACUCGGUGUUCAGGAAGAUGGAUGUGGAAGGGAUAACGGAAGCGGGUGGGGUUUGUUUGGCUGCGGUUUCUUUAGCGGCUCUGUUUGCUUAUUUUUCAAGUGCUCGAAACAGAGUCGGUCGAAUCUUUACCCUCAGUUACAAUUCCUUCAUCGAUUCCGUAAUUGAUCAAAUCGUUGAUGGUUUGUUUUAUGAAAGCGAUGAACUCUGAAUCUAUCUCGGAGUCCAUUGUUUUCGUAGAACACACCUCCGGUCACUACUACCGUUUCAAAGCAUUUAUAAAUAUAUAUGUGUAAAAAUUAUUGACAUAGUUGGAGAAAUGAGAAGGAUCCAUCUCAUUUAAAUAUGUACGUGUAUAUGUCUUUUUAGAUUAUAUAUAGGCUAUAACAGCAAAAUGUUAUGAUUAUAAAAAUGAAUGAUACGCAAAUUUGAUAUUCAA